CAGAACAACAAACAAUUGGUCCAAGCAAAGAAUCGCGGCUCUUCAAAAUAACACUUAUUGAACACCUUAUGGUUACUAGUUCGCAACUGUUAUUUUACACUAGAAAUAUUCACCAAGAGAAACGUCUCUUUGGCUCUUCCAUUUCAUAGAUUCCUUCUUGGUCGACAAUGCUUUAUUCCGAGCGAUAAGGUUGAAUGCCAUUUUGAGGUAAUUCUUCCGAAAACUGUGCAAGCAUUUUGCAACACACCCACAAAAAUGGAUUCACUAGCUUUUUGUUUGUGCAAUACGUUUUCUCACUGAGGUUUAUACUUUGAAGAUUGAAGCAAGUAUAAAUCCCAUCACCAUUCAAUAUGCAGCGAGCGGCAUUCACGUCCAAGAUUCCCACCGGGUCGUUAGUCCCAAAACGCUCUUUGGCCAACCGGGAACCCGGAGUGCAUGGAGAAUCGAAUGGAAAACGCUCCGUCAUCAAGCCAAUUUUAAAGCCAAACCAGAUGCAGCAGUGGAACGAGCGAAUGAUUGAAGAUGAAACGCCUCCACCUCUGGUUCCCAGUGAAGUAAUUCUCGUUGAUGAUGACGAGGAUUUGUUCGACUGGGAGCCAUUGGAUGCAACGGAGAUGGAGAUGGCGGUGUUCCAGAGAAUGAAGUUUGAGAGAGAUCUUCGGAAGGCGCAAGCAGAGAAUAUCAAACUGCGGCAGGAAAAUCAACGACUGAAAGCAACAAAAGGGUAUUUGCGAGCCUCCAAGGCGAAUCUCCUGUCCAUAGUUGGACCUACUGGAUUCCCUAUAGUACUGAUGAAAUAUGUCAUGAGAUACCAAAACGAAGCAGUUACUGAAGCAGAUCAUGCAAGCGAAUCCAUGAGAGCAGAGAGCAUUUCCGGAGAUUUUUUUAAAUAUGUUAAUUGAAGUCCAAUAAAUUAUUUUCAUUUUAA